AUGGCGCGUGCAGAGGGCAGCAGGGCGCACGGGGCGCACAGGGCAGCAGGGCAGCAGGGCGCACAGGGCAGCAGGGCAGCAGGGCGCGCGGGGCGCACAGGGCCGCAGGGCGCGCGGGGCGCACAGGGCAGCAGGGCAGCAGGGCGCACAGGGCUGCAGGGCAGCAGGGCGCGCGGGGCGAACAGGGCAGCAGGGCGCACAGGGCUGCAGGGCAGCAGGGCGCACAGGGCUGCAGGGCAGCAGGGCGCGCGGGGCGCGCAGGGCAGCAGGACAGCAGGACGCGCGGGGCGCGCAGGGCUGCAGGGCGCGCAGGGCUGCAGGGCGCGCGGGGCGCACAGGGCAGCAGGGCAGCAGGGCGCACAAGGCUGCAGGGCAGCAGGGCGCGCGGGGCGAACAGGGCAGCAGGGCGCACAGGGCUGCAGGGCAGCAGGGCGCGCGGGGCACGCAAGGCAGCAGGGCAGCAGGGCGCACAGGGCUGCAGGGCAGCAGGGCGCGUGGGGCGAACAGGGCAGCAGGGCGCACAGGGCUGCAGCGCAGCAGGGCGAACAGGGCUGCAGGGCAGCAGGGCACGCGGGGCGCGCAGGGCUGCAGUGCGCGCAGGGCGCGCAGGGCAGCAGGACAGCAGGGCGCGCAGGGCGCGCAGGGCUGCAGGGCGCGCGGGGCGCACAGGGCAGCAGGGCAGCAGGGCGCGUGGGGCGCAGCAGAGCUGCAGGGCGCGCGGGGCGCACAGGGCAGCAGGGCGCGCGGGGCGCAGCAGGGCUGCAGGGCACGCGGGGCGCACAGGGCAGCAGGGCGCACAGGGCUGCAGGGCAGCAGGGCGCACAGGGCUGCAGGGAAGCAGGGCGCGCGGGGCGCACAGGGCUGCAGAUCCUCUCCCCCCAACUGCUGCACCCGCAGCAGGAGGAUGGAGGAGAAGGGAGGGGGGGGGGGGGGGGGGGGCGGGGGGGGCUGGUGCUGCAGAUCCCCUCCCCCCCACUGCUGCACCCGCAGCAGGGGGAUGGAGGAGAAGGGAAGGGGGGGGGGGGGGGGGGGGGGGGCUGGUGCUGCAGAUCCCCUCCCCCCCCACUGCUGCACCCGCAGCAGGGGGAUGGAGGAGAAGGGGGGGGGGGGGGAGGGGGGCGGGGGGGGCUGGUGCUGCAGAUCCCCUCCUGCCACCCGCUGAACCUCCAAGCUCCCCCAUACUCUCCUCCCACAGCAGCAGGCGCAGCCGUGAGAGGGGAGGAGGCGUGGCAGCAGCAUAUCCCCUCCCCCCCACUGCUGCACUCGCAGCAGAGGGAUGGAGGAGAAAGGGGGGGGGGGGAGGGGGGGCUGGUGCUGCAGAUCCCCUCCCCCCAGGGAUGGAGGAGAAAGGGGGGGGGGGGGGGGGGGGCGGGGGGGGCUGGUGCUGCAGAUCCCCUCCUGCCACCCCCUGAACCUCCAAGCUCCCCCCCCCCCCCUCCAACACAAGGGGCGACAGGUCGCGAGGGGCCGAGGCUAGAGGCGAUGGGGCCGUGGUUAGGGGCGGCAGGUCGCGAGGGGCCGUAG